AUAUUUCAUCUCUCUAAAUCGACCAAAAUUGAAACUACAAAAACUGCAUUGAAAAAAAAAUCCAAUCUUGACGCUUUUCUUCGACUACACAGCUCCAUUUUCGCCCAUCUCAGAUCUGCUCUCCUAGCCAGGUUUUAUUCCUUUGAGAAAUUAUGCCCAAUUCCGUAGCAGAGCCGCACCACCAAAACGGCGUCGCAGAUCCAAAAUCGAGCAACGGCAAUGCCAGCGGUAAGCCGUUCAAGAUCUUCAUCGGCUACGAUCCGCGCGAGGAUCUCGCCUACGAAGUCUGCCGCUACUCUCUAUUGAAAAGAUCUUCGAUCCCGCUCGAAAUCCACCCGAUCAAGCAAUCCGAAUUGCGCGAAAAGGGGGUUUAUUGGCGUGAAAGGGGGAAAUUAGAGAGCACGGAGUUCUCAUUCUCCCGUUUCCUCACUCCAUUCCUCGCCAAUUUCGACGGCUGGGCGGUUUUCGUGGAUUGCGAUUUCCUAUACCUAGCCGAUAUCAGCGAAUUGUUCCGAUUGAUCGAUGAGAAAUACGCGAUCAUGUGCGUUCAGCACGAUUACGCCCCUAAAGAGACCACGAAGAUGGAUGGGGCCGUGCAGACUGUGUAUCCGAGGAAGAACUGGUCUUCGAUGGUGGUCUACAACUGCGGCCACCCGAAGAAUCGCGUGCUAACGCCCGAUGUCGUGAACAAGGAGACGGGAGCGUACCUGCAUAGGUUCCAAUGGCUUGAAGAUGGUGAGAUUGGUGAGGUUCCUUUUGUGUGGAACUUCCUUGUGGGGCACAAUAGGGCGGUGGAGGGUGAUCCGAGCACGUAUCCGAAGGCGAUACAUUACACGCUUGGGGGGCCGUGGUUUGAGCAAUGGAAGGAUUGUGAGUUUGGUGAGCUAUGGUUGAAGGAGUUGGAGGAGAUGAGGAAGGAUUAGGUGUUGUAGGUCUUUCGACAAUGUAGGUUCGUGGAGGAGGGGGAUUCGGAUCGUUGGCAUUUGUUUUGAGAGGAUUCUUUUGCUGGGAUUGGAGUUAUGUGUUUGUUGGUUUAUAUGUGAAUGUUGUUUGGUUGUGUGAGGGUUGUAUUUUUUUGUGAUGGUUAUUGUUUGGUGAAGGGGGAUUAUGUAGGAUGGUUGGCUUGAUUCAGAUUGAGUUUUGUUGUAGCAUGAUUGAAGUUGUCCUGAGCUAUAUAAUGUUGAGUCAUCUGCAGAGAA